AUGCCUGACGAGAAGGAAAAGUCUUUCUCAAUAUCUCGGUAUCUACGUCCCGAACGUUUUGACGUGGAACCCGCAAUGGCCGGCUCAGACUUAAAAUGGAUUCAUUGGAAGUACUCAUUUGAAAAUUUUAUCGCACAGGAAGCCGCUUCGGCUGAUGAUGCCCUUAAGUACAAACUCCUUGUAAACCAUAUCUCGCCAUCGAUAUUUAAUUUCAUUCAAGCUUGCAACACGUACGUCGAUGCCAUGACCACUCUCAGUACCACCUACGAGAAACGAAAAAAUAUUACCUUGGCUCGGCAUCGCCUUGCUACUAGAAAGCAACAGCCUGGCGAAACGUUAGCUGAGUAUUCGAGAUCUCUUGCCAUUCUUGCUCGUGAAUGUCACUUCAAAGCUGUUACUGCUAAUGAACAUCAAAACGAAACCGUAUGUGGUACGUUCAUUGCCGGAAUAUUGUCACAGAAAAUAAGAGAAAGGCUGCUAGAAAAAUCUACUAUGUCUCUGGAAGAAACAUUGAAUCUGGCAAUAUCUUUAGAAACUGAAAAUACUUCACGAUUACUUACAGUAUCAUCUCCAUCAACGUCUGCUGUUCCUGUUAAUGCAAUCUCUGAAACUCAAGCACCGCAACCACAGCUCAAUUUAGCAGCAACAAGAACUCAAAAUUUUCAAUACAGUCGCCCUACGCAAAGUGACCGCCGAUGCUUUUUCUGCGGUGGCAAUGUUCAUCAAAGGAUCAAGUGCCCCGCUAAUAAUACCCAAUGUCAACUUUGCUCCAAAAAAGGACAUUUUGCAACCGUUUGCCGUAGUUCAAGACCAGGUCAACGUACAGUAAAUGUUAUCACCACAGACGAUGACGACGUUACUCAACCCCAGGUUACCGAUUCUCAUUUGUCAAUUAUAUCCGCUGCUGCUCCAUCAAGCUUACGCAAAGCUACCAUUCCUAUUACCUUGAACAACUAUCAAGCAGAUGCGCUACUCGACACCGGAAGUUCAAUCAGCUUUAUCGAUAAGAAUACUGCUCUAACCAUGAACCUUAAACGAAAGCCCUGUCGACAAGCGGUAACUUUAGCAUCUCUUAGCAAUAUAUCAUAUGUCGAGGGACUAUGCUACGCUACAAUUCAGAUUGGUGAACAUAUAUACCAGCAUCAACCUCUGCUCAUUGUUGGCGAUCUCUAUUCGCUCAAAUCAAAUCGCCUCAAAAGUGCUUAUCACCAAGUUCCAAUUCUUCCAAAGGAGAAGGUAUAUACCGCCUUCGAAGCGUGCGGGAAUCUCUACCAAUUCACACGAAUACCAUUUGGAGUCACAAAUGGUGUAGCGGCUUUCCAGCGAACCUUACAGUAUAUCAUUGAUUCGGAAAAACUGAAAGGUACAUAUGCUUACUUAGACGAUGUAACUGUAUGCGGAAAAGAUAAGCAGGAUCAUGAUGAUAACCUUCGCAAAUUCAUGAAAGCUAUUGAAAAAUACAAACUCACUCUAAAUAUGAGUAAAUGCACUUUUGAAUCAGAAUCCAUAAAUCAUCUCGGCUAUACCAUCCAUCAUAACGUUAUCAAACCUGACAAAUCUCGAUUGGAACCACUGACGAAUCUUCCUAUCCCAUCUGAUACAACUACUUUGAAAAGAGCACUUGGACUAUUCGCUCAUUAUUCAAAGUGGGUCAACAACUUUUCUGCCAAAAUCAGACCUCUGAUCGAAGCUACAUUUCCUUUAUCUGAAGAGGCUAUUAACUCUUUUAACAAUCUAAAGAUUGACAUUUCUAAAUCAGCCUUGGCUGGAAUAGACGACAAAGAGAUAUUUUCUGUUGAAACUGACGUCUCUGACUUCGCAAUCGCAGCAACGCUGUCACAGAAAGGGCGUCCCGUAGCGUUCUUCUCACGAUCGCUUAACGAAUCUGAGAAAAGACAACCUUCUAUUGAGAAAGAGGCUUGCGCUAUAGUUGAAGCUUUAGGCAAAUGGAGACACUUCUUGAUUGGAAGACACUUUCUACUCAUAACUGAUCAACAGUUUGUUGCAUUUAUGUUCAACAAAACACACUCUAAUAAGAUCAAGAACGAAAAGAUCGAGAGAUGGCGCCUAGAAUUUUCUUGUUUUAAAUACGACAUUGUUUAUCGACCCGGAAAACAGAACUUUGCUGCCGAUACGCUCUCUCGAGUCUGCAUGCACAUAAAUACUUUGUCUAAUAGCUCCAAACUUGUUGAACUACACCGAUCUCUUUGCCAUCCUGGAAUUACACGUAUGGUUCAUUGGGUCAGAUCGAAGAACUUACCAUAUUCCAUCGAAGAAGUGAAAAGAAUGACGGCAGCAUGCCCUAUCUGUGCUGAAAUCAAACCUCGUUAUAUAAAACACUAA